UUUUUUUACCUGUGCGUCGCAUUCAGACACCUGGAUGUAUUCCGUCCUGGACGCACAGGAGAGAAAUUUAUCCGGAGUUUGUGUUGGCGGCCGGUGUUCCCCGCUCCCGAGGCCCCGAGUUUAUGAGAGGCGAGGCGCGGCGCUCCCAGGUUUUGUAGUGUUUGUGUUAGCAAGAUGGGGGAAGACCUCCUCUCACUCAAGUGGAACAACCACAAACCAGCAUUUUUCCACCUACUGCGGAUACUACGAGAGAAGGGUUGCUACACAGAUGUAACGCUAGCAUGUGGUACAAAGUUCUUUGCGGUUCAUCGUCUGGUGCUGAUGGCGUGUAGCGACUUCUUUACCGAGGUGUUCGAGCACACGCUGUGUCAAAAACCUGUGAUUGUGCUGAAAGACAUUAAAAGCCACGAACUAGAAGCUUUGUUAGAUUAUAUGUACCUCGGGGAGGUGGAUGUGCAACAGACUGAUCUCCCCGGGUUAAUUAAGGCCGCCGAGUGCCUCAGAAUUAAGGGCUUGGCUGUUCCUGACGAGGACCCAUCCCAACCCCUGAGACCGGAGCUUCCAGUUGGUGGCGAGAGACCGGCAAAACGUCGCAGACAAGACCGGGAAGUGAGAGAUGGCGAUCGAGGAAGUACCAGAUCGCACAGUGGGGACAGAGGGAGUCACGGAGCGCCGCCAACCGAAGACGUGGCGCCGUACUCGCAUCACAGGACAGAUGUCAUGCAGGGUGAUGACAAUGUGGAGGAGAACUCCACUAAGUGUGUGGUGCCUCAACCAAAUGAUGAAACCUCUCACCUUGCCAUUCAUGAAGCAUCGGUUGUCCAACGUACAGACAGUCUCCAUAUGCAGCAGGACUCAGAUGUGUCGCCCGAACGAAUACACGACGGCAGAGUUCUACUUGAUUCUCGGAUACAACAUGAAAUGCGGAUUCACGACUCGCGCUCUCAAUCCGAACCACGAAUCCACCACGAAUCGCAUGCGGCGCAGGACAUUGAAGUGUAUUCGGAAAACACGCCUGAAAUCAAAACCGAACAUUGUGAAAUUAGUGACGAAAUAGAAAACGGCGGACUAAAAAGUGAAAUAGCGGAGAUCCGAGGCGAUCAGUUAAACGAGACGUCGGGGGGUGGCGGGGACUUCUCUCACUUUCUAUCAGUGGAGGAGAAUCUGGCGCACCACAUGUUUCAACAAGCCCAGCAGGCUGGACCCUCGGGAGUACACAGAUCUGCAGGGCGUGACAGCAGCUCGGAAGUCAGUGGGGAAGAUGGUGGCGGUAAUCGGGGUGGCAUCGGUGGGAGCAUGUACCCGUCUCACCUGCUGGGUGAGGUUGCGCCCGAGGGAGCGUCGACACUCUCCAACCAGUCGGGUGGCGUACCAGAUCAAAGUGGCCUCUACCGCUGUCCGUAUUGCCCCCGAGUGGAUCAGUACGAGAGCAAGUGGCUGCGGCACCUGCGUAUUCAUACAGGAGAGAAGCCGUACUUUUGCUCGCUCUGCGACUUCCGAGCCAGCACAAAACACUCUGUUGUUAGGCACACAAAAAUGAAACACCAGAUCUGGAGCAGUCUGCCACAGUGAAAUUAAGCAGAGAAUUUGGAAUGUGCAUCUCUCAUGAGCUUUUUAUUCUGAACUAGGUAGAUAUAUUAGUAAAUAUUUAUUUAAAGUAGUGAUUUGCUGAGAAAAGAACCCUCUGUAGAGUUGAAACAGCAAUUGGUGAAGAACAUGUAGGUAACAUUUGGCUCCAUGAAAACUCACUUCAGAACACAAGGUUACCUCCAUUAAAGUCUCUUUCCAGUUUGGCAUUCUAACUACAGUGUUGUGGGUACAUGGUAACUGAUGAUUCCUUCAUACCAUGAAACCCCUAAAUGUUGACUGCCAACCCAACUCGAGGGCUCUUCGAAGCGGUCAUCUACAGUUGUGUUCAACCUCCUUGUAGUGACGUUUGUCAAAGUACCAUACGAGCUAGCCGUGGAAAAGUAAUAAUGAAAGUAGUCAAGUGUCCGUGCGUCUAACAAACAGCUUGUCAGGAAAAAUGACCCCUCAAGAAAAUUGUAAAUCUUAAAAUGUAGUAUCAAAAUGCCCAGGAUAUUGGAAUCCUUUAGGUCAGUCACUAGAUGGCCAGCAUAUUAGUAACUAUUCAUUAAUUAAAUGAUUAGGUGUUCAAUUAGUUGACAAAAUGUUGUGUAACUGAGCAGGUGUUUGAUAAAUGGGCUGAGUUGGAGUAGGGUGAAUUAAUUAAGCACGUGUUGGAUGAAUCAAUUGAGCUUCUUGUUGAAUAUUUCGCUUGGAACAAUGUUGAAUGAGGUUGUUGAAUAUGUACGUUGAGCAGGUUUUGGAUGAAUCGACUGGUCUUGUGGAGUGAAAAUCUGAUUUACCUUGUAAAUAGUAAAGGACAAGUUGGGUUCAUGUGUUGGGUUGGUUCAGGAUGAGAGCUAUGCUCGUGGUGUCCCGUCUUCCCAGUACUCUUUGUCGUGUGAUACUUUGAAACUUGAGUACUGAUGAUGUUGGCAUCUACCACCUUCUCACUUAACUUGUUCCACACUCUACCACUCUUUGCAUGUUGUUUUGGCAGCUUUGUUUCCUUAGUUUGACUCUAAGACCUCGUGUUGUUGAAGUUGCUGGUAUGAUGUUGGUGCAUGCAUGCAAGUGUGAGUGAUGUACUCGCCUAGUUGUGCUUGCAAGGCUUGACCUUCAACUCUUCGGUCUUGCCUCUCAACUGUCAAUCUACUGAUGUACACGUUUCCUGGCUUAUUGAGCUCUAUAUGUAAGAGUGAUGUGUGUAUAUGCUGGUGCAGGUGUGUACGUGAGAGGAUUGUGUAUACAUUCUGAUGUAUGUGUGUGUGUGUGUGUGUGCGUGCGUGCGAGGGGUUGUGUGUGUGCAUGCGAGGGUUGUGUGUACAUGCUGGUGUGUGCGCGUGUGUGCGCAAGUGACAUUAAUGGGUGUCCCAGGUCGGCUGCACUUGUGGGGUAGUUUGUAUGUUGCAUUGUUUGGUUUGCUCUUGUUUUGCUCUUGACAUUUGCUCAUAUUUAUCCUGACGCACUAAAAUUGAGGACGUCUGUGUGCUUCUUUUUAGUCAAUUGUGUGUUUAUUUACUCAACCAAAUUUUGGUGGUACAAUAUUGUUAGUGUUAGAGAGGAACCAAGAUUAUAGUCACUUGGUUUUAAAAGUCAAUGCAGCACUUAAACUGUGUUAUAAGAUGUAUGAGGUUCACACUACACAAACUAUGUAAAGAAUUACUCUAUAAGAAUCAGAAUGAAAAGAUUUAUUAAUUUGUCUGAAUUGUGAAUUGGAGUAGUAAUUGUUUUGUUCACGAAUACAUGUAGAAUUGUGGCCUCUAAUCCUUGUGUAUAAUAAUACAGUAAUAACUAUUUUUUGGGGGGAUGGGAAAUUUAUAAUUACCUAAGUCCCGUCUUCCCAGCACUCUUUCUCAUAUAACGCUUUGAAACUACUGACGGUCUUGGCCUCCACCACCACCUCCUCACCUAACUUGUUCCACCUGUCUACCACUCUGUUUGCUGUGUGUGAGUGAAUAUAAAUAAAUAUAUAUUUUCUGAGAUAUAUAUAUAUCCCCAUAGGGGCCCCAUGGCCCUGGGGAAGCAAAUAGGAAGAAUUUCAGAGAUAAUUUGUGUCUGAAUUCUUUAGUAUAUACACACACAGUCUUCAAGAAGACCUGGACAAAAUGUGUGUAUGGAGCAUCACCUGGCAAAUGGAAUUUAACAUGAAUAAAUGGCAUUUUAUGUAUUGUGAAACAGGAGACAUGUAUGUUCACAUACAUGUGGACAUCUUCAAGAGAAAACUAGAUAGUUUUCUCCAAUGAGUUCUGUACCAACCGGGCUGUGGUGGGUAUGUGGGCCUGCGGGCCGCUGCAAGCGGAACACGUGGAAAAUAUUAGAGGGGCU